GGGACUAACAGGCUGAAGAGAAGGAAGAUGCCAGGCUGGGCCAUGAAUACAACUGCAAGACAAAGGGAGAACAGGAGCCUUCACCCAAAUGGUGGCUGACAAGAAGCCCUUCACCAGUGCCAUCAUUGGGGCACUGGUGGCACUCUCCGUCAUCGCCCUUGUUCUCAGCCUGGUGAAGGUUGAAGAUGUGACACUGCCACCCACGGUCAAGUAUGGGAUGGUGUUUGAUGCGGGCUCGUCCCACACCUCUCUGUUUGUCUACGAGUGGGAUUCAGACAAGGAGAACGACACUGGUGUGGUCAGCCAGACCUUGUCCUGUGAUGUCCAGGGGCCCGGCAUAUCAAGCUAUGCCUCCGAUCCCUCUAAAGCCGGUGAUUCCCUAAGGGAAUGCCUGGAUAAAGCCCUGAAGGUUGUUCCUGCUGCAAAACAGAGGGAUGUCCCAGCUUAUCUUGGAGCAACAGCUGGCAUGAGGCUAUUGAGGGAACAGAACAGUUCAGCAGCAGAUCAAGUCCUGGCUGAAGUCACCAAAACCAUGCAAGAGUACCCUGUGGAUUUCAAAGGGGCCCGAAUCCUCACGGGAGAGGAGGAGGGGGCUUAUGGCUGGAUCACCAUCAACUACCUGCUGGACUCCUUCACUAAGUUCUCUCCCAAAGCACACAUGUGGCUCCGUCCAGAGGCGGCCAACAUUUUUGGGGCACUGGAUCUUGGAGGAGCAUCCACUCAAAUCAGCUUUAUGCCCGAAGGUUCAGUGCUAAACCAGAAUGAAGCCUCCAAGUUCACCCUGUAUGGGUACAACUACAACAUCUACACCCACAGCUACCUCUGCUACGGGCAGAACGAGAUGCUGAAGCGGCUGGCGAAGGAAUUAAUUGCGGCGUCGGCCCCCAGCACACGGGUCUAUCACCCCUGCUACCCAAAGGGCUACAAUGAAACGGUCCGUCUGUCCGCCUUCCGAGACAGCCCCUGCACCGACCGGAGCGACGCCCGCCUGCCCCUCGGUGACAGCACGGUGACCCUGGAGGGCAGGGGCAAUGCCAGCGGGUGCCUGGCAGCCGUCAGGGAGCUGUUCAACUUCUCGGCGUGCGGCCAGAGCCGGGACUGCACCUUCGACGGCGUCUACCAGCCCCCGCUCCGAGGGCAGUUCAUUGCCUUCUCUGCCUUUUACUACAACUUCAAGUUCCUCAACCUGACGGAGGGGCAGCCGCUGGCCACAGCCAGGGAGGCCAUUGAGCAGCUCUGCACAAGGAGCUGGGAAGAUCUGUCUUCCAGCUACCCUAAAGAGAAUCCCAAGCGACUGCCUAAGUACUGUGCCAAUGCCAACUACAUCCUCACACUCCUCCUCGACGCCUACAAGUUCAAUGAGACCAGCUGGAAAAACAUCUUCUUCCAGAUGAAGGCAGGGAGUGCUGACAUUGGCUGGACACUGGGGUACAUGCUGAACCUCACCAACAUGAUCCCGGCAGAGGCUCCCACCAGGGUGAAGGGGCACAUGCCUUCUCUGUGGGCUGCAGCCAUCACCUUCAUCAUCCUCACCCUUGUCUUGGGGCUCACUGCCCUGCUCCUGCUCCUGUGGGUGUAGGAGCCUGGCUGUGCUUCAGAGCCCAGGAGGUAUAAAUUGUGCUGGGGCCCCUGUGCUCCUGCCUACAGGACUGGCACCAAAGAACUGGGGUCUGGCCUCCCAUGGGACUGGCCCCCAACGUGCAGACAGGCACUUUGUGAGGUUUCCAGAGGAGCUCUGCUCUUGUGGACACCUGAUGGGAUCAGCCUACAGAAGCCUCAGCCAUGCCUGUCUGCCUUCUCACAUUGCUGCCUAUUACAGACACAGCUCCAUCCCACUGGAAUGUGGGCCAUGAGAGCCAGCCCGGCUCUGGAAGAGCUCCCCAGUGCCAGACUGUUGGUGCUCAGCUGCAGGCACCUGGUGUCAGGGUGCUCCGAGCCAUUCUGGGUAUGACCUCGGUCACCAACAGCCCAGCAGGUCCCUGCCAGGAGUGCCAGGCUCUUACUUGUCUCCAGGUGUGCAGGCAUGCAGGGCUCUGCAGGACCCCAUCUGCUCAGCGUCUGUCUGUGGGCUCAUGUGGAGAUGGUCUUGGAGAGAAAAGGAAAACUGAGCAUCCAAAGUCAGAA